AUGGCGGACAGCGACAAUUUCAAAGCUACUCCGGCCAUUGUGCGAUUAACCGUAUUGGGUUACGAGCUAAAUUCAAAGCAAAAUGCGUGCUUCAAUUAUCUGUUGCCUGCAAUUUUCUGGUGCUCUAUGUAUAUAUUACAUUUUGCUUCUGAUUUGGUACUGGCGCAUCGGCAUCACAUAGAAGAAGAUCCGAUCUGGGCCAGUCUCACGCUCUUCUUCAUGUACUUGCCGGUAAUAGGGUGCUUCGUGUUGACAGUCUCGUCGAUAGAAAUGUGGCCCGACUACGAUGAAUGCACUUUAUCAAAUGUCAAGUGGUUAUCUGUGAAGAUAUUACAGCAUUUGUUUUUUCCCAUUUGGACUAUGUGGAGGUACGCAGAAAAAAUUUUUUGGGCUAUAGAAGGAUAUCGAGCCCCGACGGAAGACGAUAGACAAGAAUGUUUGCGCAAGUCUAGCGCCCCUCGUUCCAUCGAAUUUUAUUUCUUCCUAAAAGGAUUUUUACAUACAAUUCCGCAAAUCCUUCUGCAACUGCAUAUUCUCAUGAGAAAUGUUAAAUUGUUGGAUCAACAGACAAUUGACAUGCAGGUUGCCAGUAUGGUAUUCAAUUUGGCUACAAUGGCGGCAACAACCGUGCAAUAUCAACGAUUUAAAAGUCAAAAGAUGGGUGGCAAAAACUACCCAUGGUACAAACCAUACAAAUACAAUGAUAAUGUGGAUGCUGCGUUACUAUUGCCCGCAACUGGAAUAAUAUACUGCACCAAAGAAAACUACCAAAAAAUUGCGAAUGAUAUAGAAGAGCGUCGCAUCAAGGAGAUCGAAGAAAAUGCUGGCGAUGACGAAAGUAUAUCCAGUAGCGUAUAUUAUCUAGAACCCCAUGUGGAUGAAGUGGACUUUCCUAAGGCCAUUCGACAAAUUUACGCACUGCCAGAGGACGACCUUGCAGGCAAAGUACUCGCGUUUUUUUGGUGGUUCUGCUUUUUACUCGCGCGUUUUCUUGCCAUUUCGACGUUUGCGUACUUCUUUCCUAAAGAUAUCAUCUGGCUGCUGUCCAGUCACUUCAUAUUGUGCGUGUCAUUCUUAUUGUACGAUGCGAGGGCGUAUCUUGUCCGACGCACCAAGGCUGUAUUCUUUAUUUUCGUCGGGUUGAUUUAUUUAUUUUGUAUUAUCGAGUUCAAGAAGCAAUUCACGCGCGUACGGUUCAUCUAUAACGGCUAUUUCACGCUCGUGUUCAGCGAGAACUUCAUCAUGUGUUUAAUUUGGUGGUUUUCUCGAAUGGACGACACUGGUUUGGUAAACGACUGGUGGUUUAGGUAUAUAUUUUAUAUGACUCUACUUUGCACAUUUCUCAGUUUAUCCUCAAUGAUUGUUUACAAACUUACGAGGCAAUCGAAAGUCGUUGUUGGGCAGGAAACUAUUUGUGAUACUACGAUUUAAUUAAGAAAAACAUAUGUACAUAUACGAACACAAUAUUUUAAGAAACUUUUGUAUUUUAAUAAGAAGAAUAUUAAAGUGUUAUUUUUA